GCUCAGCGUUGUUUAGGGACAUUAGGAAGAUGGCGGCUGCCCAGCUCUACUGUGUCUGCCGGCAGCCCUAUGAUUUUAACCGGUUUAUGAUCGAAUGCGACAUUUGUAAAGACUGGUUCCACGGCAGGUAUGGAAAUUAUGGCCUCCUUAACAGAUGUGGAACGGCUGUUGUGUUCAGGUAGUGGAGCACCAUGCUGCUGAUAUCGAUGUUUAUCACUGUCCCAACUGUGAGCCCAUCCAUGGACCCUCCAUGAUGAAAAAGCGUAACAACUGGCACAGACAUGACUACACUGAGCCAAAUGAUGGUACAAGCCCCGUGCAGGCAGGAACUGCUGUGUUUGUGCAGGAACUCCAGACCAGGAGCUUUGCCAGUGGCGAUGAGAUUCUGGUGCCGAUGCAUGGGAGCCAGGUGACACAAUGCUACCUAGAAAGGGAGGGCUUCCAUUACCCUAUUGUGGUCCAAGACCUGGAUGGACUGGGGCUUAAACUGCCCCCUCCCUCGUUCUCUGUCAGCGAUGUGGAGCAUUACGUGGGGGCAAAUAAAGUCAUUGAUGUAAUUGAUGUCGCAAGGCAGGCAGACAGCAAGCUCAAGCUUGGAGAGUUUGUGAAGUAUUACUACCAGCCUGAACGACCAAAAGUGUUGAAUCUCAUCAGCCUGGAGUUCUCUGAUACAAAGAUGUCCAAUUUGGUGGAGGUUCCUGAAAUUGCUCGAAAGAUGUCCUGGGUUGAGAACUACUGGCCUGAUGACUCGUUCUUCCCCAAACCAUUUGUGCAGAAGUAUUGUCUCAUGGGAAUGAAAAACAGUUACACAGACUUCCACAUCGAUUUUGGAGGAACUUCAGUGUGGUAUCACGUUCUCUGGGGAGAGAAGAUUUUCUACUUGAUCAAGCCGACUAAGGCUAACCUUGCACUAUACGAGUCCUGGAGCUCAUCACCCAAUCAGAGUGAAGUAUUCUUUGGGGAUAAAGUCGACAAGUGUUACAAAUGUGUGGUGAAGCAGGGCACUACCAUCUUCCUCCCCACUGGUUGGAUCCAUGCAGUGCUCACUUCUCAGGACUCCAUGGCAUUUGGUGGGAACUUCUUGCAUAACUUAAACAUAGGCAUGCAGCUCAGGUGUUAUGAGAUGGAACGCAGACUGAAGACUCCAGAUCUCUUUAAGUUCCCCUACUUUGAAGCCAUCUGCUGGUAUGUGGCCAAAAACCUUCUGGAGACCCUUAAAGAGCUGCGGGAGGAUAAAUGUCAACCUCAGGGUUAUCUAGUGGAUGGGGUGAAAGCUUUAAUCGCAUCACUGAAGACAUGGCUGAGGAGGGAGUUGACUCAACCCAACAGUGAGGUUCCAGAAAAUAUCAGGCCAAGCCGUCUCAUUAAAGCUCUGACCAAGGAGAUCCGCUAUCUGGAGGAUGAAUCGAAUAAAGCUGGAAAAUCUCAGGGAGAUGCUGAGUGGCCUUUAAAACGCUCAUCACUGGAGAAGGGAUAUCAAGCACAGCGGGCCGCUCGGCAGCUACGAGACCAUCUUCAUCGACACCACCAUCAUCAUCAUUAUCACAGCCGCAAACUGCCCUCCAACUUGGAUGUCUUGGAGCUUCACACGCUGGAGGUAUUAAAGAGGCUGGAGGUCGGUCCUCUUGAGGAGGACCCAGCCUUCACCUCCAAAGUGAAUGGCAAGUUCAAGAAAGUGUCCGCAGUAGCUGUUGAGGGUAGUCAUGACAAUGCCCUGCGCCUGGUGCUAUGUGAUGGCAAAAUUAUGCGGGAGAGGUUAUCUAUCAGUAAUGUGGCAGCCAUAGAGAGUGGAGUGGGAAUGUUGCAGUAUCAUCAACAGGGGAUCACAUUUGAAAGCCUGCUGAUGUGCCCACAAGAAAAAGUGAAAAAAGAAAAGCAGGAGGAUGAAUUAAGAGUACACUGCACUAUCAAGCAGCCAGUCAAUCACGGUCUAACUGUGCAGACAGAACUCAGGACACAUGUGGAGUCUUCAGACAGCGACUCGGAGUCAGAAGCAGAAGAUUCGGCUGAGAAACGCUCCGAGUCCGAGAGUUCUGAGGAAGAGGAUGGAGGAAGCAAGAGAGACUCGGGGAGUUUUGUGGAGCAUCUGAGCGGCCGGCAGCACGGCCACCAUAAUCACACGCUAAAACGAGAACGUCCUACCUCACCGAGUACGGCUGAUGCCAUUCAGGGCAUGCUGUCGAUGGCGGGGCUGCUGUGUCAGCAGGCAUCAGCAGGGGGCGAUAUUUUACAGCAGCACUGGUGGUCCAGUCAGGGUAACAGUAACAGCAGCAGUGACGCAUGGGACAGCAGCGAACCCUGUUCGGCACCCCGCAGCCCGGAGGGAGAGGAUGGGAGCCUUGGAGAGGAAUAUUCAUAUAGAGAGAGCUCACUUUCUCCUCCCCUUCACCCCUCCAAAAGACACGCCCCCAACCCCACACCCAUCAGCAACCAGGCCACUAAAGGAAAGCGUCCUAAGAAAGGACAGGCGACGACUAAACAGAGGCUUGGGAAGAUAUUGAAAAUGAGCCGCCAUAAAGGCUUAUUCCUAUAGCAUGACGGAGGAAAGAAUAAGACGUGUAAUAAAUCAACACCGCUGCUUUUCUUUAUACGCUGGGACUAUUAUCACACACACACUGUUCUCUUACACACCGUGCAUGUUUAGGUGACAGGGUAUGAUUAAUGGCUCACUUUUUUCUUUCACAAUUCACGCAAAAUACAUGCACGCAGGGAAGCUUUACUUUGGACAACAUUUCAACAUGAACAGCUAAAGGUUUCAAGAGGAAGCACAGAGACGGUGUGUGUUCCUACAGCCAGGAAAACGAGCCACAAGUGUGUAUCACGGGCUGAGGCCUCUCCUCUCCCCCACCCUACCUCUCAUCACAUCUGUAGCACGAGUGUCCAGGCAAGUGCAGGCUAAGGACAUCAUAUCCAUGGCCCCGACACUAGGACCAGUUUUCUAUUGGUCUUCAUAUUCCCCUCAAGUCAUUAUCAAUCUGCCUAUUUCUCUCUCCUUUGAUUGUCUCAGGCUGAUGUAUGAGCUUUGGAAAUGGUGCUGAACAUUUAUAAAUCCUUCUCCUAUCCCCUCUGCCCCUUUUAAGCAAUAACUGUACAGCAGUGAGUGAUGUAUCGAUGAUUUAGUGGGCGGUACUUUUUAUCAGGAUGCACAGGAAGUGCUCUCAGAGUGCGAAGUAUUGGUCAUAACAGUACAGCUAUCAAAUGAAAUCCAAAAGUGGCAAAGAGAUAACUAUGUGAAUUUCUUUGAUUUGACAGUGUUUACACUACUUUUAUUCUCGGGAUAAAUAAGCGAUUUAAAGGAAUAUUCUGGGGUGUUUAAGUUUAAGUUUUGCUGUUGAAAACCGAUUUGAGUUGUAAACAAAACAUUAGAUUUAACAGAUUUACAUUGCUAGUCUUGCAAGUCUUGUAUUGCAGGUGCAUCGGAUUUUUGUCAGCCUUUCUGAUUUAUUUAGCUUUUUUUUUUUUUACUACGAAAGCUAUUUAAAUAUUGCUCUCACUCUGGGAAUAUUGAGGAAAAUAGGUUGCCACGCAUUAAUUAGCCUUUGUCACAACCCAGUGGUCACAGAGAGGUACUGCACCCUGAAGCGCUGCCUCUGAAAUACUGUGUAUGUGAAGCAGUUUGCGAGGACUAAAUACGCUUGUCACGUGAUUGAGAAUGAUCUUUAGCGCAUUCUGCAUUAUUUAUGUUCUAUUUUGUUUGAUUUAAAAUAUUGUUGACUGAACAUCUUAUUUAUUAAUUUCAAAUAUAUAAUGAGUGAUAUUGCAUUGAGUUUCCACUGUAUGGAAUAGUUUUGUAAAUAGGAGUAUAAUUUUGAAUAUCAUCAAUUCAAGAGAAAUUAGCUCUUGUUUAGGUUCAGCUUUAUGGGUUUUGUAGUUAACACGUUUAAUGCUACUUAAAAUUUGAUUUUUUUUUUUCUUUCUUAAAUUUACCUCUAAUCUUUUUUUUUUAUAAAUAUAUAUAAUGUUGCUUUAUGUUGUCUUUAUGACCUGUUGAAACGGGACAAAGGAAUUUCAUUGGGAGCGACAAAAAAAAAGUGGUGCUAGUGUGUGAAUUUCUUAGAGAGGCUAUGAAACGUUUUCUCAGGGAACAUCGAACAGGUGACAUCUUUGAAUUCAUCACCAGCACUGUCAUACAAUCUCAAAGUUUUAUACCCAUUUCCACAAAAUUGCCAACAAAUGUAUGUAUUCCCAAUUAUUAUAACUUUUUGGUCUGGUGGAUGUCAAUUCCAGAUUCAGAACAAAAUUGUGUUGCGCUGUACAGUAUGUAGAAAAAACUUUGACAUGGAGCAGCACCGACAGCUUUUGAUCCGCUAUUUUCCACUGUUGUGUGAGAGGUCUGUCGGCUUGAAAAGCAAAUGCACUACUUUGGAUGACUUGAGUUGAAUAACUGCUAAAACUCAGGCUUUGUUACAGUUUUGAGGUUUGCUCAUGCGCAUGUGUUUAAUGGAAAACAUGUUCCUCUGUUCCACUGACUAACCUCACUAUAGAAGAGCACCCAUUGUAAACCCGAGCAGGUUUCCUUUGCUUCGACACAUUAAUUGUACAGUAUUUAUUCAUCUCUAGCAUUCAUUUCCAUUUUCAACUGUGGUAUAGACUUAAUGUCACUGUGUUUCGAAAAGCUGUGUUCUGUACCUCCUCUUCAACAUUUCCCAGAGUUCUCUUUGGACGUGAUGGAUUUUCUCCAAUGCAAUGUAUAUUAAAAUGAGGGAAAUGUUUUGUAGAUCACACUGUUCUCCCCUUCCCUUUACCAAAUGUUAAGUGAUAAAACACUGUUCUGCUGACAAA